UCACGAUGACGUCACGAACAAUUCAAUCUGUCCGGGCAUAUCUCCUCCUCAUGCCGUCAAAAGACAUAUUCCCGACAACAAACCAACGCGCUGUAGUACGCACGACAGAGUUACGCAGCCCAAAUAAGACACAGGAGAACGCCGCGGUUUGCCGGUGAAAUGUGUGGAAGAACUGCGUGCACCCUGGCUCCGGAUGAGGUGAGCCGAGCCUGCUCGUACAGGAACCGGCGCGGAGAGCGGAGACACCCUGGCUGGAGGGAAGGAGACGCGGACAAAUACCGACCCUCCUACAACAAGAGCCCCCAGUCUAUGAGCCCCGUGCUGCUCUCCCACAGGCACUUUGAUAAGAAUGCUCCCGUGGAUGAGUGUAUUUUGGCUUCCAUGCGUUGGGGCCUGGUCCCUUCCUGGUUUAAAGAGAAUGACCCGAGCAAGAUGCAGUACAGCACCAGCAACUGUCGCAGCGAAAACAUCCUUCAGAAAAAGUCUUACAAGCUUUGCUUUGCCACCAAGGAGACCCUGCUGAAAGGACAGCGCUGCGUCAUCCUUGCUGAUGGCUUCUACGAGUGGAGGAGGCAGGAGAAAGAAAAGCAGCCAUUUUUCAUCUACUUUCCUCAGACUCUGAGAUCCUGUGAAGAGAAACAAGAUCCUGCCAAUGAUGCGACUGAGCAGCCAGAAAAAACAUCUAAUGAGUGGACAGGCUGGAGGUUGCUGACCAUGGCAGGACUAUUUGACUGUUGGACACCUCCUUCUGGGGGAGAGACCCUCUACACCUACAGUGUAAUAACUGUGAAUGCUUCCCCAAAUCUCCACAGCAUCCAUGACAGGAUGCCAGCCGUCUUGGCUGGAGAGGAGGAAGUGAGGAGAUGGCUUGAUUUUGGGGAGGUGAAAUCUGUGGAUGCUUUGAAACUGCUCCAGUCUCAAGACAUAUUGACCUAUCAUCCCGUCUCAUUGCUUGUCAAUAAUUCUCGUAACAACUCUCCUGAGUGCCUUCAGCCUGUGGACCUAAAUCAGAAAAAGGUACCCAAGCAGACAGCCAGCAGCAAGGUGAUGAUGAGCUGGCUGACCAGCGGCUCUUCAAAGAGGAAGGAGUCGGAGGCUUGGAACAGUCAGGAGGAAAGAGACAAGACAGACACUCCCAACAAGUCUACAGGAGCGCUUCAGCAGUGGCUGCAGGAGGCCAACAAAAAACCAAGAACCCAGUAAAAGAGAACUACUCGGUUUUGUAUUUCAGCCCUCAAAUGACAUUCUUGUACCGUUAUGAGCCACACAAAUAUAUAUAUUGUACCAGUGUUCAAUGGUUGUUACGGAAUUUCAGAAAUAAGAAGGUUGCUGAAUUUUAAGGUUUUUAUUACCCUUAUUUGAAAGGCAAAGACAUUUUGAAACUUUACUAUGCAUUUAUCAUAUUUAUAUAUAAUGAUGAAUGCCACUACUUCCACCAUCUCACUUUUGCUUUCAAAGUUAGUCUGACAGCAAUCAGAAUUCUAAUGUAGUUCAUUUCCAUUUUAACAUGAUUCAGACGAUUGGCUAUGUCAAGCACUUCAAGCAACUGGCAGUAAGAUAGAGAUUUACAUGUUUGUCUUCUCCACAAAAUGAUUGGAAUUGUACAGAAGUCCUUUAAUUUGUUGUCAAUUAAAAUAAAUGUAUUGGGUAAGAGUACUGCGUUAUGAAUGAUAGUUGUACUACUUCUCCAGGACCAAAGUAGGAGUGACCUUAGUAUCUUGAUUUGUUUCAUGUUGCACCAAGUAAUUACUGUACAAGUCAAGAAGAACAGCGCUAACCACAGCCAUAGGCCAGUUUCAUGUUGCUCCACAAUAGGGUUAUUUUGAAUGAAUACAACAACCUGCACACUUGAGUGAUGGGACUUGUAAAUUCUCUUAAUUUUCAUCAUUGUGUACCAAUUACGAGAACAUCAAUGGUCAAUUGGAAUGGAAUUGUCACAGUCUGAUCAUCCAAAUUUGAAUCUCGAUCCCUAACAUUUAUUCUGUUUGAAGUUUGUGUGAGGUGGAGCGUGACCCCAAAGCCACAACACAAAUAACAAAGGAGGGGAGCAGUGUUUCCUCUAUUCAUGCAUUUUCAGUAGUGGCACCCUGUGAAUGUAAGACAAUAACCACCAAAGCUACAGAGAAAAAAAAAAAAAAAUCCAGUUUUACUCACUGAAACACAAAGACGAAUAGGAUGUUUGAGCUCAACAUAAAACAAGUGAUUGUGAAAGCAGCAAUAUUCAUAGAACUGAAAACAUCUGUUGCCAUUUAAA